AUGGCGAGGGCUCCCAGGGGCCCCGCCGCGUGCCCCGUGUGUCUCAAGGUGCUGUCCAACAAGUACAACCUCCGCACACACAUGGAGGACAAGCACUCCCCGCUGCAGCACGUGUUCCCCUGCCCCAUCUGCCAGCAUGUCUACAAGACCCGCAACUCGCUCCACAACCAUUUCUCCAUGCGCCACCGCGGCCUUAAGAUGCCCAAGAUUCUCGUGCAAUGUAACGGGCACACUGUUGUUGUCAUUGCAGGCGUGGGCGGGGUACUGGUAGACAACAAGCCUAAGUGGCAGUGCCCCGUGUGCUACAAGUUACUGAGCACGAGGUCCAACUUAAAGAUCCACGUGCAGGACAAGCACUCCUCGCUGCAGCACGCCUUCCCCUGCCCCGUGUGCGGCCACGUGUACAAGACGCGAAACUCCCUGCACAACCACAUGAGCAUCCGGCACCGCGGGGCUCCCCGGGCCCGCCUGGAGGACGAGCGCGAGGACGAGGUGGUGGUGUUGGCGGUGGCGCGGCCGGGGCCCGUGUGGCCCAAGUGGCCCGUGUGGUCCGUGUUGCCUUGCAGGAGCCGCCAAGCCUGCCGCCCCGGGUGGCCCGUCGGCGGGCACCGGGGCGCCGCCUGCCCAGGGCACGAAGGCAGUGUCGCGUGUGCCUAG